AUGUUUUCCAUAUUGGUGCUAGUUGCACUAUUUCUAUCACAAGUCCAUGGUGAUUUGAUUAUCAAACCAAGUGGAACAUCAUUAACAAGAGAUCAGUAUAAGUCAUUUGUUGCAUCAUGUAGUGGUCAAUCAAAUAGUCGAGUUAUUGGAUGGCGAUCACCACAACAAAGAGAUAUACCAGAAAAUGAACAUGAUCGUGUUACAAUUGAACGACAAUCAAAUGAAAUUCGAUUACGAAUUCGUAAUUUAACAACAGAAGAUCAAGGUACAUGGGAAUGUAUGGGUGUAGACAGUACUGGUCAACAUACUAGAAGAUCUUUUCAAUUAAUGAUCAAAGUUCCAAUUACAUUUCAUGGUGAAUCUGUACAAUAUGCUGCACUUGAUGAAGCAGUUACGAUUAAAUGCCAUGUUCAAGCAACUCCUGCAGCUGAAGUAACUUGGUUUAAAGGACAAGAUAAAACUCGAAUUGAUGGUCCUUAUUAUUCACGUGUUAGUGAAGGUUUACGUAUUAAUCGAGUACAAAUGUCUGAUAAUGAAACAUUCUGGUGCCGUGCUGAUGUAUUAGAAACAGGAGAAUCGAGAGAUUUUCCAAUCACUGUUGUUAUAUCAAAAUCUGUAACAGAACCUCGUAUAACUUGUGCUAAUCCAUGUGCUAUUGAAAAAAAAACUGCAACACUUGUUUGUGAAGCUACAGGUUUACCACCACCAAAAUUUGCUUGGUAUUAUGGAUCGGAUUCACCUGUCGGUGCUAGUGAAGUACCAAAAUUCGUUGUACGAGGGAAUCAAUUAACAAUUAAUUAUGUUGAUGAAACUGAUAAUGGAAAAUAUUCAUGUCAUGCUUAUAAUGAAUAUGAUAAUAAAGGCCACCGAGCAGAAUAUAAUUUGAAUGUUAUUGUUCCACCUCGUUUAUCUCCGAUUCCACCAGUUGAAAUCAAUCUCGAUGAACAUCAUCCUCAACGCGUUUCAUUUGUAUGUCGAGUUGAACGUGGUUCAUCGGAAAGUCUUUCAUUAGAAUGGCAAUAUUUAAAUAAUACUCCUAUACAAAUAACAAAUGGAAUAUUUAUUGAUAAAGCACAAUUAGAAGCACAUAAAUUAAUUGAAUUACGUUUUGAUCCUGUACGUCGUGAACAUUUCGGAAAUUAUUCAUGUGUAGCAAAAAAUCUUGCUGAUAGUUCUUAUUCAAUCGCUAGUCUUUAUAUUCAAUUUCAACCGGUUUUUGUUGGACCUGAUAUAAAUAUUGUUUCAACAAUUCCAAAUUAUCGUGUUGUUAUGCGUUGUCAAUUUGAAUCUUAUCCACCACCACAAAUUCAAUGGAUUAAAAUGAGUCGAACUGUACAAGAUCCAGAAGGACGAGUACUUGCUGUUGAUGUUGAUAAUGGUGUUAAUGAUAUAACAACUAAACAACUUGGAUCAACAUUAUUUGAAAGUGUUCUUUCGUAUACACCUAAUGAACAUGAUUUUGGUUUAAGUUUUGAAUGUCGAGCAUUGAAUCCACGUGUUGGCCGACAUUCCUAUACAUUACAACGUGCUGAACCACCGAAAAAAAUUCGAAUAACCGAAGUUAAACCAUUAACAAAUGGUGUAGAAAUUCUUGUUCAACCACCGGAAACUGGUGGUUUACCAUUGACAGAAUAUAUUGUUAAAUAUAGUUUAACUGAUAAAGCAGAUGAACAACCACAAACAUUAACUAUUCCAGUUCAAACAUCUUCCGAUGAUCAACAACAAAAUUCUCAAGUAUUAAAAAUUGAAAAACUCAAACCAAGUACUAGUUAUCGUUUUACAAUUUUUGCUAAAUCACGUGCUGGUACAGGCCAACAAACAGGUCCAUCAACAUUUCGAACACUCGAUAGACAAAUACCAGAUUUUAAAAUUGUUAAAAUCGAUGAAAAUAAAAAUGAAACAUGUUUUAAUGAUCGAAGUUGUCUAAUUAAAUGGAGUAUUGAAUCAGAUGGUGGUGCACCAAUUAUUCGAACUGAAGUUUUAUAUGCUAAAGCUAAAGCUGAAAAUAGUUUUGAAACUGAUGGACCAAUUAGUACACCAGUCCCCAUCGACCCAUCUAUAUCUGAAUAUGAAAUACAUGAUUUAAAACCAGCAACAAAUUAUAUAGUUAUUGUUAAAAUAUAUAAUGAAGCUGGUGCAGCUGAACAAAAACUUCGAAUAACAACAUUAAAAGAAAAAAGUGGUAGUAUGACAGCAACAAUGAAUCCAUUAAUAAAACGCUAUCGACAAAAUCAACCGAGUAAAUGGGUUAUUAUUGGUAUUGUAUUGGGUAUUAUAUUAUUCGCAAUUGCAUUUGUUGCUGUUUGUGUUAUAAUACGUGUUCAUCGACUUGGCGGAAAAAAUAAAACAACUGAUUCAGAUAAUCAAACGACACCAAUGAUGACUGCAACUAAUGGUGAAAAUAAUUCUCAACAAAAUGAAUAUACAAAUGGACAUCCAUCAAAAAAGCCGAAAAAGAAGAAAGCGACAACUUCUGUUUGA